AUGUCCGAGGAGGACUACAGCUCCCGGCGUGCCCUGCCCCUCCGUCGCGCCGGCGCAGGGCGGCGUGCGUGCGCCGAGGCGGAGGCGGAGGGCGCGGAGGCGGCGGCGGCGGCGGCGGCGGAGGGGGGCGGGCUGGUGCCGCGGGAGCUGCGGGCGCGGCUGCAGGACGCGGGCGACUACCGGGCGCGGGUGGGCGCCAUGGCGCAGCUGAAGCGGGCGCUGGCCGAGGGCGGGCCGGGCCUGGCGCUGCCGGCGGGGCUGCUGGGGCUGCUGGCGGGGCUGCUGGGCGACCCCAACUUCAAGGUGGCGCUGGGCGCGCUGGAGGCGCUGGGGCUGCUGGCCGCCCGCCUGGGCCCCGCCGCCGCCGCCGCGCCCGCCCGCCUGGACGCGCUGGUGGCGGCGGCGGCGGGGCUGCUGGGCGACCCCAAGCCGGCCGUGCGCGGCGAGCUGCAGCGGCUCUUCCUGGGCCUGAUGCGCGCCGCCGGCCCCGGGCCCGUGCUGGCCCGCCUGCUGCGCCCCGAGCGCCUGGGCCACCGCCGCGCCCGCGCCCGCGAGCUGGUGCUGGGCCUCUGCGCCGCCGCCCUGCUGGCCUUCCCGCCCGCCCGCCUCGACCUGCCCGCCCUGGCCGCCGCCCUGGCGCCCGCCCUGGCCGACCCCAAGCGCCGCGUCCGCCACGCCGCCCUCGAGGCCUGCGCCGCCCUGGCCGCCGCCCUCGGGCCCGCCCGCCGCCCGCUCCUGCUGCGCGCCGUCGACGCCGUGGAGCUGCGGCCCGGCGGGCGGGGCGCCCUGGCCGCGCUGCAGGCCCGCCUGGCCCGCAAGGCCCUGCCGCGCCUGGCCCCGGACGGGCGCCUCGAGUACGCGCUGCCCCUGCCCGGCCCGGGCCCCGGCGCCGACACCGACUGGCUGCUGGGCCCGCCCCGCACCCAGAGCGCCCACGCCGGGCCCGGCCCCGAGCCGCCCCCGGCGCCCCCACGCAGGGUGCUCAGCGCCGGCAAAGGCAAGCUGCCCUGGGAGAGCCCGGCCCCGGCCGAGCCGCAGCCCUUGUCAUCAAACGAUUUCUUUCAUUCUUCAAAACUGAGGCCUUCUCAGGAUGCGAUGGCCUCUCACCAGCCUCCUUUGUCAGGAAAACACGGGAUGCUGAGUUCGCUCGGGAAGAGCGGCAGUGUGGAUUCGGACUUAGAGUUCCUUGGACUGAAUAACCACCGACAUGAUACAGACUCCGUUUUUGCCAGCCUCUGUUUCACCAGCAAGCCUCAGCGGACCUUUUGCACCCCCCCUGAGCAUGCUCCGUCUCUCCUGAGCUCACACACCAGCCAAGGGUCUUUUAUCCUUCCAGCCUAUCCCUUCUCGUCGCCCAGGCACAGUCCGAAGCAUGCUUCCCCUCCUGCAGAUCCACUGAAGAAAUCACCAGGUCAUGGUGUUAACUUCUCGAAUUCCUGGCCCCUUAAGAGCUUUGAAGGGCUUCCGAAACCUACUCUCCAGAAGAAGUUCUCCAGCCCAAUGGCCGGAGGUGAUGCAGAGGCAAAGGCUCAGGGCGCUCCUCCCAUUCAGCUGAAACCUGCCUUUGUGAGAUCUCCAGCUUCACGAAGAGGCUUGAGUGGAACCAAGCCAGUGCCUCCAAUCCCUCGGGGUGGGAACCCCGAGAAAGCAGAAUUCAGCAGCGCGAGUCCUAAGAAUGGGAACCCAGAAGACGUCUGGCUGAACGAAUGCGAAAGGAGACUGGCUAUUGACCUUUCGGAUUUGAACAUCAGUGAAAAAGACCUAGAUGAGGAAGAGAUGCAGAGUUCUCUUCGGUCUCUACGUAAUAGUGCUGCUAAGAAGAGGGCAAAGCUAAGCGGCAGCACUUCUGAUCUAGGGAGUCCGGACUCCCUGCUGAAGCUGGACCUGACUUCCGAGUCUCCGUCUUGCUUGUCUUCUCCAAGCACCAGUUCCUAUAGCGAAAGUGGGGUCUAUAGCCAGGAGUCGGUGACCUCUCCACUUUCUGCAGAGCCUCAGGGAACGAGAACCACGUCAGACAUUUUCCCUCUUGGAGGCAAUUCCCGGCCCGCAAAGAUCUCACCAGUGUGGAGUCGAGGUCCUGCCCUAGAGCAGAGUCCCGGCACAGGGACAGCGUUUCAUGACAAGGCGGCUUCCAGCGUGAGCAUUAGUGGCCGGCGUCUGAGCUACAACAGUGGAUCGGGAGAUUAUGAAGAGGACAGGCCGAAGGUUGUGAUGCCUGUCACCUUGAAAGGGCAGAGCAAAGAGUACCAAAGGCACAGUAAAUCCACAAAAGGAUUUGCAGGGCCUUCGUCGAGUCUGCAGCCACUGAAUAGUCUAGACUUCAUCUCACUGAGUGCCUUGUCGGAUGACUCCGUAGUCAUUGUUGGAAGAGGAGUGUUUGGAAGCCCACCUUCAGCUCCGCUCACCUGUGGCCCAUCGCUGCUAUUCCCCGUGGAGAAUGGAGAUGCGCCUUCCCUCAAACCGAGGGUGGAGCCUCUUGCUGGGAUUUAUGGGAGAGCUGUCCAGCAGCAGAGCCCUGCGCCCGGCCUGGAGGUGGACAGUGACAAAGAUGUGAAAAUGGCCCUAUCCAAAUCCGCCCGGGAAAAAAUGAGACAGAAGAAGAAAGAAGAAAAAGAGCAUCGGGAAGUCGGACAUCUUGACAGAAAGGAGCUGAGCCUUGGGGAACUCUUUAAGGAAAAUGAUUCUGAAAAGAUGGUGCCAGAAACUAGGAAUGCACCUCUCAGCCCUCUGUUGAAGAGAACCUCAAGCAUAAAAAGAACACCGCCUCCAGGCCUCGGAGAACCAGGUCCACAGAUGCAGUUCAGAGAUCAGACACUGUUGAUAACGCACAGCACAGAGAUCAUGGGACCCUCGGAACUGAGGCCCUCCCCCAAGCCAGAAACCGCUCUUUCAGAAGCGUUACAGUAUCUCGCCGAUGAAGAUUGGGAGAAGAAAAUUGGAGGCCUUAACUCUAUCCGGUGCCUUUCUGCCCAUCACCCUGAUGUGUUGACUGCAAAACUGCACGAGACCAGCUUGGCUGUUGUUCAGGAGGUGAAGAAUCUGCGCUCUGUCGUUUCCCGAGCGGCCGUUGUUUGCUUGGGGGAUUUGUUCAACUACCUGAAAAAGAACAUGGAUCAAGAGCUCGAUGCGACAGUCAGAGUCCUUUUGCACAAGGCAGGAGAGUCGAACACUUUCAUCAGGGAAGACGUGGACAAAGCGUUGAAGGCGAUGGUGAACAAUGUCACUCCUGCACGCGCGCUUGCUUCGCUAGUCAGUGGAGGCCAAAGCCACUUGAACACAGCAGUGAGAAGAUGCACAGCCCAACAUCUUUCGGAUGUCGUGGAGCACAUGGGACCAGGGCGCAUCUUGUCUGGGAUUAAGGACGUUACAGACAAGAUUUUGUCUGUUGUGGCCAGAUUUGUUCAGGAUGGCUCACAGGAAACAAGGUACUACGGCCGGAAGAUGCUCUUCACCUUGAUGACACAUGCCGACUUUGAGAGAAUGCUUGAAAAGUAUGUCCAGCCAAAGGACUUGCCUUAUGUUAAGGAGACAGUCAGCAGUCUGCGGAAGAAGGGACUGGGAGAGAUGCCCAUCGUCGCGCCCUCUGCCAAAGGAAGGCGUUCACACAACAGCACCACGGACAGUUCCAGAUCCUCCUCUACGUCACGUGACCCACUCACGGCUGGCGACAGAGAGGUGAGAGAAGCAUGUGAGAUAACCCGGAAAUUGGGUCCUCGUAACACCUCAGAAAGUGCCGAAUACGUGAAGGUCAUAACAACUUUACUGAAUGCCAAGGACUUCCGGGAGCGGAUCAGUGGAAUUAGACAAUUGUUAGCAGACACAGAAAGCAACCAAGACCUUGUGGUUGCGAACAUUGUGAAGAUCUUUGACGCUUUCAAGUCCCGCUUGCACGACUCCAACAGCAAAGUCAAUCAGGUGGCCCUGGAGGCCAUGCAGCGGCUGAUCCCCCUGCUGAAGGAGAAGCUCUCCCCGGUCAUCAACAUGCUCAUCCCUGCCUUGGUGGACAACAACCUGAACUCCAAGAAUCCGGGCAUCUACGCUGCCGCCACCAGUGUCAUCCAGGCUCUUUGCCAGCAUUUAGACAGUUAUCUGCUCCUCCAGCCUUUCUGCACGAAGGCCCAGUUCCUGAAUGGAAAAGCCAAACAGGACAUCACUGAAAAACUAGCCGAGCUCGUUGUCGAGUUGUAUCCCCGGAAGCCUCAUGCCGUGGAGCAGAAAGUCCUGGUGGUUUUGUGGCACCUGUUGGGUAACAUGACAAACAGCGGCUCCUUGCCUGGAGCUGGUGGAAAUAUCCGGACAGCCACUGCUAAGUUGUCAAAAGCGCUUUUUGCACAAAUGGGUCCGAAUCUGCUGGUCCACGCGGCAUCCCAGCCCCCUCACAUCAAACGAACUUUGGAGGAGUUCCUUGACUGACCUACCUGAAGCCGCCUCGGCAGGUGUCUGUCCAGUGACUGCGUUCGUCACAGGUUGCCAGGCUGGGCUCGCGUGGGUUGAGCCACGUGGAGUGGAAGGGUCUCAGCGGCAUCUGUGCCUGUGCAGAAGCGGGCUCAGAGGGGCUGUUCUGAACGACCGACUGAGCAGGACUUGACUCCUCCAGUCAAAGUCCUGCACCUCAACCAAAAUCAGUAUGGCGCUUGCAAGUUCUUCUCUUCCCUGGUGCUGUUCCAACGUCUUGCCCAGUUGGGAGCGGAUGUCUUUUGAGGCAACGCCAGUCCCUGCUCGUUUGCACUCUUCUUUGGACUUUGUGGCAUGGGCCCUGCACAUACUAACGGAGAUGAAAUAAUAAUAAAAUAGUCGUUUUAAUUAUGAAAUCAUGUUAUGGCACGUUCUCUCAUGUAGCCUUACGUGGAAACAAAAAUCCUUGAGAGACGUGUGACAAACAGGGUUCUGUGUGACGUUUGUGAACAAAGGCGUCUUUUUUCAAUCGGUCCCUCUCACGACCGGGCAGUCUCGGCUUCGUUGCUUCUGCUGUUGAUGAAUCGCAUCCGCUUGACAUUCGGGCAUCGUUAUCUGCACACACUUGUAAAACCUUUAACAGGUUAUAAUGAAGCAUGUUGACCAAAAUUUAUAGGAAAAGAAUAAUUUUUACAGAGUUUGACUGACACAUGUCUUAAAAGGUACGUCACAUGUUGAAUGUCGCUUCCAUACUUUAGUGUGAAAAACAAGACUGAAUUUUCUCUGUCCAAAAUUUAUAAAAGGUGUUAACUUUCCCACCCUGCUGUGCAAUCCUCAGCGAUAUAGUGCCAGUUCUCCUCCUCCUCAAGUACUGUAUUCAUUUGAAACACAGAAUGUUCUAAAAAUAAAUGGAUUUAUUUCUGUAUA